AUGGAGCGAAAGGCGAUGCCGCUCCCUCGCGUUCCUGGCUUGAGCCUCCCAUCAUUUCGGGAGGUGGAGGAGGCCAUCUUCUCCCACAGGCGUGGGGAAGAAAGCUUUGCUAUUCCUCGUGGAAAUAAUAGCACAGAUGAGGAACGUGUCCCAUCUUGUCGGGAACUGGAGGAGUCUGUCUUCUCCCACAGGCGUGGGGGAGAAAGCUUUGCUACUACUUUUGGAAUAGAUGGCACAUAUGAGAGACCUGGCGAGAGUGCCACGAGUAUCUCGCCUUCUCCAGGCCACAAUAACACCUCGGAGAAUCCAUUUCCUCCAUAUCCAGUUCGUGGAUGGAACAUCCCGCCUGACCCCAGCCAAAAUGCAUUUUGGGAAUCGGGAUUUGCCCGCAGACAUCCUAAUCUUCCAAGGGUGCUCUACUCCCAGCCAUCUCAGACACAGGCAGUGAACAGAGGGCGAUUUCCAACCCGCAACCUGCCCAUCCGCGAGAGACUGAGCGAGAUUUCAUCAACUACUAUACAGUGGUCCGUCAGUCCCGCGCCGACACCCUCCAGCUCUCAACUGUCCCCAAGUUCAGAGCCUUGGUCGCCAGAGACUCGACCAAUACAUCCACCCCGACCCCCUCUUGCAGACCGAAACCCCAAUGAACCACUCCGUUCCAGGCCGAGGGACCAACCCGAACCCUCGCCCGUCUCAUAUCCACGGACCCAACGCCGUCGUAUUGGCGUCGCCUUCCAGGAUGUGGCGGCGCACACAGCAAAGUGCGACGUUUGCAACAAGCGGAACAAGAACGGCAUGUCCCGAUGCCAGAACUGUGGCUGGCAGAUUUGUCGCAAGUGUGUCAGUGAUCGAGGCGCAGAUCGGACUCACGCCUCAUUCGGGGCUACCCAUGUCCCCGAGCGGAAUGAAGAUACUGGACAAGUAUCCCCGGCUGUGGAGCAUGGCGAAGAAGUGAGGGCCGCGCAGAGCCUGCUUGAUCUUGGGGCUUAUGGUAACCGGGAUCCUAGCGCGGUCGAAAGCCCUGAAAAUAGUCGUCGGGAUGGGCCUUCUCCUGUAGCUGUUCGUGGGAGCCAGCUGGGUGAUGCUCUGUCUACUGAUUCGGAGCUUACGUUGUAUGCUGGGGAGUGGCCGGAUGAAGAGGACGAUGUCCCCAUCGGGGAGGAUGGGUUGCCUCUGGGGUAUGUGAUUACCCGCCGCAAUCCUUCGCGUGCUGCGAGACCCUCAAAGAUGGCGGAAUAA